CGGCUCCUGCGACCGGUACUGUCGCAGAAACCCAAUCCAUCCUUUCCUUUCCUUUCGUCAUUCUUCUUUCUUCCGUCUUCCUCCUUUUCCUCUUCCUUUUUUCAAACUUCUCCUCGUCUUCUUCCCACUCAUACUCCUCCCCCUCCCCCGCGUCUUGCUCUAUCUCGUCUUUGCUUGGUGCUGCCCCCAGUCACCACCGCCUCGUCUAGUCCCGGCCGAUUCCGCUUAUCAAAAACCCCCCCUCCCCUCCGAAUUUUUGGCCACCCUCGGCAUCGUGUCAUCGUUCGCCAGCCUCCUCUCGCCGUCCUCGUCUCUCAGCACUCAAUCCAGUCCAAUUCCUCUCAGCCAGCGUUCAAUCAACACAGCGAACAUGUCUUUCUCCAGCCUCGUCCAGGACAUCAGUCUGCGCGACUCCAAUGGCACCGCCCGUCGCCCGCAGGUCCCCGGCCCGCGCUCCACCGUCUCCACCCUCGACGACCGAACCUCGCACAUCUCGCGAGCCAUGUCCUACGCCAGCACUGCUGCCACCAGCGUGAGCAUCUCCGGCGACAUCUCCAGCCAGCUUCAUGGCGGCUACUUUCACCCUCUCGCUCGCUCGUGGCAGGCCGAGCGCCAGCUCACCAAGUCCAUGCUCAUCUACCCACUCUUUAUUACCGACGGCGACGACGACAUGAACCUCAUUCCGUCUCUCCCCGGCCAGCACCAGUUGAGCAUCAGCCGAUUGGUGUCCUUCCUCGAGCCCCUCGUCCACAAGGGCCUCAGAUCCGUCAUGCUCUUUGGUGUCCCCAUGAAGCCCGGCUGCAAGGACGCUCUCGGCACCGCCGCCGACGAUCCUGAGGGUCCUGUCAUCCGCGCCAUCCAGCUCAUCCGCCGCCGAUUCCCCCAGCUGUUCAUCUGCGCCGACGUCUGCCUCUGCGAGUACACUUCCCACGGCCACUGCGGUAUCCUCCGCGACGACGGCAGCCUGAACAACCAGCUGUCCGUGGACCGCAUCUCCGAUGUUGCCCUCGCCUAUGCCAAGGCCGGUGCCCACUGCGUUGCUCCCUCAGACAUGAACGACGGCCGCAUUCGCGGGAUCAAGCUGAAGCUGAUUGAGGACGGCAUUGCCCACCGAACCGUCCUCAUGUCAUACUCGGCCAAAUUCUCUGGCUGUCUGUACGGUCCCUUCCGUGAUGCCGCUGGCUCCGCCCCUUCGUUUGGUGACCGCAAGUGCUAUCAGCUGCCACCUGGUGGCCGCGGUCUGGCCCGACGAGCCAUCGUUCGUGAUAUCAACGAAGGUGCCGAUAUCAUCAUGGUGAAGCCCGCCAGCCAGUACCUCGACAUUAUCAGUGACGCCAAGGACCUCGGCAAGGACUUGCCUGUUGCUGCGUACCAGGUCAGUGGCGAGUUUGCCAUGAUCCACGCUGGUGCCAAGGCUGGUGUUUUCGACCUCAAGGCCAUGGCCUUUGAGUCGACUGAGGGUAUCCUCCGUGCGGGCGCGACCAUUGUGGUCAGCUACUUUACCCCCCAGUUCCUUGACUGGCUGGAGAACUGAGCAAUGAGUAUCAUGAUGUCAGGAGUUUGCAAUAUGGGCGUUGGCGGUGUUUCUUUUUUCAUUCUUUUUUUUCAAAGGAGCCGGAGCUGGGAUCAUGUCCGGGAUGGGAUAUACGCAUAAUGGGUCAUUCGUUUUCUUCUGCUGAGCAGCCUCUUACGAGAGGGAUUUGUAAAAUACAAAACACUUGGUUGGUUCUACUUUGGUAGAUGGUUGCGCGUACGAAAUGUUUGUAUGCGCCGAUAGAACGCAGGACACAAUACAAAACUUACUAUCAAA